AUGGACUCUGCUAAACCAACGGCCGGGGGGGUGGGCUGCGAGCUCAGCAGUUCGGGCUUGGGAGGUGUAGGACCUUCAGCUUUGGAUGCUAAAGCGAAGCCACAGCGUCGAUGCUCAGCAAGCCGUGCGGCACCGCGACCGCAAGCGACACGACAGCCGGAAGCGCCACCGCAAAGACAUCAGCAAAAGUCCCCACGACCGGCGUCGGAGUCCACGGAGACUCAAGCAGCGCUCACCCUUGCUGGGCACUCAGAGCAGCGAAGUGCAGGCGACACCCGCGAGCCGGUGCAGGAAGCCCUGCCCAGAAGGCGGCAGAACGACGUGGCCAAGGAGGAGAUGCUCACCAUCUCCAUCUCCGAGUCCCUCGCCGGAAACCCGGAGGGAUGGUCGGAGUGGAGUGGUGACACGAAGAAGAUGUACCUCUCAGGGCUAGAUGCCCAAUUAGCGGCACCAGGUGGUCCCACCGGCUACGCCCACGCGUGGAACGAGGACGCAGAGCCGAGACCGUGGACCGAGACCGCCUCCGCCAUGAGCUCCCCGUGGCCAAUGUCCCAACUACCCCAACAUCUCCCAGAGGCGAUGCCUGCGCCGCCGGCGCCCUCGAUGCCGAUGCGCGCGAUGCCCGCCUCGUCAUGGGCCUCGCCGCUCCGAGUCCCUCUACCAGAACCCAUCAUCAACAAGUACGACAAGCCACUUGCGGGCGACGAGCCCUUGGAGUUGCCCCCACACCUUUCCACUAUGAUCGAGCAGUUUGCCACCGUUGACCCCACACCAUGGCAAGAAGAAGCCCCCAAGCGCUUUCAGCCGCCCCCCGGGCUAGCAGCCGAGCAAUCACUCGCAGGCCCCAGGGUGGCCAAAUCCGUAGUGCCCGUUGCAACCGAACUAGACUUGCCGCCUGGCAUCAAGAUCUUUGGCGUUGACUAUGCCGGCUCCAUGUGCACACGCGUUGAGUGGAGAAUUGACGACCUCAAUGGAAAGCUCCAAGCCAGCAUGGGAAGGCCACUGGUUUCACCUCCCUUCGCAGCUCUUGGCCUACCAAAUCUUCGUCUAAUGGUGUUUCCUGAUGGACGGGAGACCAUGAAGAAUGCCCGGAGCAGUGAGCGAAAGGGCCUCUACACGCAGAUGAUCAAGAAAGGCCCCCUUCACGGCUCACUGAAGCUAAAGGCAGACUGCCUCCAGUGUGCCACCGUGAUGACCGUGAACCUCCUCGUGGGACAGGUUCGCGCUGGGCCCUUGGUCUACGACUUCUCCGAGCAAGCGAUCCAUGGGCUCGAGGACUUGGGCGUGGAUUGGUUGAAGCAGGUGGACAAGAGCAACGGAAGCUUGACAGUUGGAAUUGAGAUUCUUGACGUGCGCCCGCAGCCUUGA